AUGCCAAUCGGUAACAUCAGCAAGGACUCCACGCCGAAGCGCGAAACCUUCCGACCGCCCUGGGUAAAAGAUAAGGAUGCAGAAGCACCACCACCCUGGACCCAGAGGAAAUUGAAACCAGUGGAUACUGUUCCUAAAGCAACAGUUAGUUCAGAUGAGCCAAGUGUUAAACCUUUAAAACCCGUUUUAAAGAAACAAUCGACAGUAAGAGAAGUUAGUAACGGUUCGUCAGAACCCGUAGAAGAAAAACUAGUAAAGCCCUCGAUUGCCAAACAGGCAGAUCGAGCAUCGAGACCGUCCGAUGAAAAACCCAAAUUUAUAAAAGCCGCAAUCAAAACGAUUGAGAAAAAACCCACAGAAGACAAGCCAUUAACUAAUGCAGUUUUAAAAACUAAUAACACUAAUACCACUAAAGCUGAAGAGAAAAAGGGGGCGGAGGAAAAGGUAGCCUCAACGAAGACAAUUAAACCCCAAAAAGUAAUAGCGAACAGUGAUAAAAAACCCGCUGAAAAAACUGUAAAGAUACAAGAGAAACCAACACUUAAGAGUGUUAAAACAAUCGACGACAAAGCUAAAGAGAAUUCCGUUGGUAUAACUGAUAAGAAAGUUAAUAAAAAUGAUACAAAUAAAGCAAACGUAGCUAAUGAUAUAACUGUGAACGGCAAAGGAAUCCCGAACUCUUUAAUAAAAGAAAACAAAUUAGAUAAGACAGAAAAAUCAAAGGAAGAAAAAGUAGCUAUGGCUACCAAACCACCAACGCCUUUAGAAAAAUCUCCUUCUAAGCUUCCGCCUCGUAAACCUUUACAAAAGGCACCAUCUAAAGACGACGUCAUGAUGAAAAAGUGGAGAGAUCCGCUUCACGAACGUGUAAAGGAAAACAUCGACAAGACCUUAGCAAAUGAAAUACCAAAAGGGCAUACUCUCACAAAAAAUGAGAGCUUAAGAAGUUUGUUAAAGCCGACGCCACCCCCUCCACCACCUCCAGCGCCGCCAAAACUACCUCCACCACCUGAAUUUAAAAAGCCGCAGUUAGACCCGGAAAAACUAAAAAAAAUAGAACAACUUCGCAGUAGACCGAGAAGGCGACCGGACUGGAGCGAUAUGAUGAAGGAAGUGGAACAGGGCAGGAAAUUAAAACAUGUCGUAUGCAAUGAUCGAUCCCAACCAAUCAUAACGCGAUCGGUAGUUGUGAAAAAUAAAGGACAGUUCAUAUUUGAAUCUGAGAAACCGAACUCGCAUAAUAAUUUGCUUAAAGAGAUUUCUAAAGGUAUUAAAUUGAAGAAAGUGAAGACUAAUGAUAGAAGUAAACCUAACUUAGAAGGGCUGAGAAAAUUCAGAAGGCAAAUGACGAUUGAGGAACAGGUGCAAAAGUCUAUGUCACAAGCCAAUCUAGCAGCUGCACCAGGCGUACCAGUGCCAGAGGUACCUGCAGCGGAAGAAGAAGAAAUCGAUGAGAUGGAUGACAUCGAUAAAGUUAGAGAUGAUCUUCAAUCCACAAAACAACUACUGGCUAUAGAGUUGAGAAACAAGGAGGCACAGGAAAGAGAAAAUAAGAGAUUAUUGACAAGGAUACAAAAUUUAGAAGCCGAAUUAGCUAGAGAAAGAGCAUUUAUAAAACAAGAACAACACAAGACUGUCAUAUCUGUUACAGACGCUUACGACGAACGAUUGGUGAAUAGUUUAAAAAUGGAGGUGGAAAAAGCUAAGGAAACAGCUGACAGCUUACAAAAACAGUAUUUACAAGCGGCUGAAGACAGAGAUGAUGCUCUGACUGAACUAGAAGAGGUGAAACGAAAAAAUUCGGAACUAGAAAAGAAAUUAGAACAGGCCUUAGCAGGAAUAGUACCCACAAAUGUCAGUUCAAGACGAGCUAGCCAUGCCAUCAAGCAAUUGUCUGUCACAAAGGAUGACAGCUUUGAAGAAGAAGAUCAAUCUGAAGAAGAAGAAGAAGAGUCUGAAGAGAAAAAACAAAAACGCUUGGAGAAAGAGGUACGAAACAUGAGAAACAAAAUAAGACACUUAAAAGAGAAACAAGAUAAUAUGAAACGAGAGAGAAUGGCUUACAAAAUGUCUUUGAAGAAUCAACAGGCAGCUUUAAAAAUAGAAAAGAAGAAAUACAAAGAAUUAAAACGCGAAGUCGAUAAAAUGGCUGCAAUGAUGAAAGAAGUGGGCUCCGAGGAAGACGAGGACGAAGAGGAUGAAGAGGAAGAAUCUGAAGACGAAAAGAAGAGUGGAUCAGAGGAAGAAGAGACGGAGACAGAGACAGAACAGGAUACAGAAAGCGAAACAGAGAGUGAAAGCGAGCCAGAGGAUGCACCUCUACCAAAGAAGAAAGACAAUCUGAAUACACGACUUAAAAGACACGAGACCCGCGUAAAUGCAUUGAAGAAAGGAAACACAUUGCUAAUGGCAAAUGUAGAUAGGCUUAAGGACGAUGUUCUUAAACAGAAAGAGAUGUCUCUUUCUUUGCAAAAGGAGUUAGAUUCUCUUAUUGAAGAUCUCGAGUAG